AUGGUCAACGAACGCUGGAAAAAUGUGGGGAGGUCGGCGCAGCUGGAAGACGGACCUCAGGAGAAAUCUCAGGUGGGCAUCGUCCGGCUUUCUGGGGUGGAGAGAGUGAACUGCGGCUACAUUCUCUGCACCGUUCUUCUCUCCGUGGUCAUCCUCUUAGCCGUGACCGUCACGGCCGCCAUCCUCUUCAUGAACCACUACCACACGCCAGUCACUGAAUCCCCGCCCGUCAUCACCACCAACCCGGACGAUGCCAACGCUUUAGUCACCAUCGAGAAAGCCGACAGUUCCCGCAUCAACAUCUUCAUCGACCCCAACUGUCCCAACCAAGCCAACAGCUUCGUCCGCUUGGAGAGCCUGCAAUCGUCCCUCCUGAGAGUCGUGACGGACCACGACGCGGAGGCCAAGUCAUCCAAGGGGCAAGAGAGAGCCUUGAUGGUGGGCCUCUCGGACGAGGUCUCCAAGCUGCUCUCUCACGCCGCGCAGCUCCGGACAGACUGUGAAAAUUUGAAGAAGGGGCACAGCGCCAUCGGGCAGGAGCUGAGCGCCCUCCAGAACGAACAAGGGCGGCUCAUACAGCUGCUUUCCGAAAGCCAGACCAACAUAGCGAGGCUGGUGAGCUCCGUCAGCGACAUCCUGGAGACUCUGCAGAGGGACCGCAGCCUCGCCCGACCACGCAUGAAGGCGGACCUUCAACGGGUCCCAUCCCGGACCACGCGGCCCAAAGGAUGCCCGAAUGGUGGGUCAAAUAAUCCCCCUCUUUUCCUUCUUGAGCCCAGCGGUACAGGCCCCGUCCUCGACUUGCCCCAAAUGCCCAUCGCUAGCCAGACGGUUUUUCAGAGGCGCGAGGACGGCUCCGUGAAUUUCUUCCGCGGCUGGGAAGCUUACAAAGAUGGAUUUGGAAAACUGACGGGAGAACACUGGCUGGGUCUGAAGCGAAUACAUGCUCUGAGCACGCAAGGAACCUAUGAAUUGCGCAUCGACCUGGAAGAUUUUGAUAACGGCACAGCCUAUGCCCAUUACGGGACUUUUGCCGUCGGCCUCUUCUCCGUGGACCCGGAGGAAGAUGGCUACCCCAUCACUGUCACUGACUAUUCUGGAACAGCAGGCGAUUCUUUCUUGAAACACAACGGCAUGAGGUUCACCACCAAAGACCUGGACAAUGACCACUCAGAGAACAACUGCGCUGCCUUCUACCAUGGUGCUUGGUGGUAUCGCAACUGCCACACGUCCAACCUGAACGGUCAAUACCUCAAGGGCCACCACAGCUCCUAUGCAGACGGAAUCGAGUGGUCUUCCUGGACAGGUUGGCAAUAUUCGCUCAAAUUCACCGAAAUGAAGAUCCGGCCAGUCAGAGAUGAAAAAUAG